AUGAGGGCCCUCGAAGGCGUAGAGGAUGCGGCCGGGCGCCCCCCGUCUCUCCUUGCGGCUCACCUGUGCACCGUGGAGGCCGUGAUGGGUGGUGGGCGGCUGUCAGCCCCAGGAGCCCCGGGAGUGAGGUUGCAGCGGGAGCAGGGCGCCGUGGCCGCAGGGAGCUCAGCGCCCCGAUCCUCCACAAAGCAUCUCGCUGGCCCCCGCGUGGGUGACGCGCCCGCCGGAGCAGGUGGGCACAAGGAGGCACCGGCCCCAGACGUGGCUGCCGGGGGCCUGGAGAGGACCCCCGAAGGCGCGUCGGGACCUUUCCCGGGUGGGUGGCAGAGGACGGCCCGAGCCCCUCUCCAGUCGGACAGAGACGCGGCGCUGGCGGGGCGGGGGCUCUGGAAUUUGGGGGCGGUGUGGGCCACGCUGGGGGUGACGCUGCCCUCCGCGGAGCGCGGUUGGAAGGUGGCCCGGGCCGGAGUGGGCCGUGGUGCAGCAGAACCCACGGGGCUGGAGGUGGGAGGCGGAACCGGCCGGUCACGGAGACUUCAAGGCGCUGCGCGCCCCAUCGCGGCCGAGGGGCCUCUCGGGGGUCAGGCGGUCUCGGGGCCGGGCACCCCAGCUCCACCUCCCCUCCGCCCACUCUGGGGUGAGGUGCACCAGGAGGCCGGCCUCGGGCGUCCCUCCCGCGGGCCCCCAAGUCUCCAGCCGUGGUGGCGUCAGCUGAGUCGAGGUCUCGUCGUCCACGUCAGGCCCCUGCGGAGGAAGUGCCCAGCGUGGCCCCUGAGAGGGCUGGCUGGCGAGCCGCGGGCCUCACCUGGGGAGGGGGCCCUGGGGCCCAGGCCAUGGCUGGCUCACUGUCCUGUCGUCUAUCCCCUCCUGCCCCUCAAGGGCCCCUCCACUACCCCGCUGGGCCUCAGCCAGGAGCCCCAGGAAGAGCCUCUGGUCAGCGUCCCCUUUCUGCGCCAAACCCCCAGCGUGGCUGCCGCGAGCGCGGCUCCUUCCCACAGGGGCCGCCCGGCUCUGCCCUGA